AGUCCGAAUCCGAAAUUUGAAGGCAAACCACGCUUCGGUUCAUCCUAUGAACGAAAGGAACCUCGUUUCCCCGAUAAAUCCCUCAUCACUACCCUCUCUCCGGCCACCCAGCUUCGCCGACGCCGCCGCCACCUCCGGCCUUAGGUCAUGCAACCAAAUCCGCCUUCUUCUCUCCUACGCUUCCACGCUCCUCCGUUCCAUUCCACCAUGUCCUCAAGCUUUCCCUCCGUUGAUCAAAGCCUGCGCCAAUCUCGGCCUCCUCUCCGCCAGUGUCUUGCUCCACCAGAAUGCCAUCGUCCAUGGGUACGCUUCGGACGCAUACAUCGCUUCCUCACUUGUCCACAUGUAUGCCAAAUAUGGGGACGUUCUUAGUGCUCGUAAGGUGUUCGACGGAAUGACUACAAGAGAUGUCGUUCCUUGGUCCGCCAUCGUUGGUUGUUAUUCGUCCUCGGGCGAUGCUGAGACAGCCUUCCAUAUGUUCAAUCAAAUGCGCCGCCUGGGGAUAGAGCCCAAUGCAGUCACUAUACUUAGCUUGCUCUCCGGAAUCUCACGAUCAAACCACUUGCAUUGCUUGCAUGGAUUCACAAUACGAUGUGGAUUGGAGAUGGAUAUCAUCCUAGCCAAUUCUUUGAUGAAUGUGUAUGCGAAAUUGGGAAGAGUAGAGCUUGCUCGCAAGUUGUUUGAUUCAAUGCCUCUGAAGGAUAUUGUGUCGUGGAACUCUUUGAUUACUGGUUACUCACAGGGCUGCAGCAGUGGCUUUAGAGAAUGCAUGUUCUUGUUUGAUAGAAUGAGAUUUGAGAAAAUAGAACCGAAUCAUCAAACAUAUGUUUCCAUGGUCUCCUCUGUCACAAACAGCGGAGAUGCAUUUGUCCAAGCGGGAGAGGUAGUUCACGCUCAGGUGAUAGUCUCUGGCUUCCAAACCGAUGUCUUUGUGGAUACUGCUCUUGUAAGUAUGUACUUGAAAUUCAGGAGCUGGAAGGUUGCGUUUCUGCUGUUCGAUCGAGUCUCUGACAGGGAUGUUGUUGCAUGGACCGCCAUGAUAUCAGGUUUAACUCAAAAUGAUGGGGCAGACAAAGCACUGGUUGUUUUCCAUGAGAUGGUAAAGUCCAGUGUGAUGCCAGCAACGACAACCAUUGCUUGUGUCUUGGCAGCUUGCUCACAGCUUGGUUUGCUCAAUGUAGGCUCAUCUGUACAUGGUUUCAUAAUAAGGCACUAUUUGACAUUGGAUGUACAUGCAUGGAACGCCCUAAUUACAAUGUACGCUAAAUGUGGUGGUCAUCUAAGUACAGUGCAGUAUGUAUUUGAGAUGAUGCCUUACCGAGAUUUGGUGUCAUGGAAUGCAAUAAUCUCAGGCUGUGCACAGAACAGGCACUUGGCUAUGGUAUUCUCUCUUUUCAAGAGACUGAGAUUGUCUGCCGAGAGGCCUGAUUCAAUCACUAUGGUUUCACUUCUUCAUGUUUGCGCCUCUUGGGGGGCUUUGCACCUCGGUAUGUCAGUCCACUGUUCAACGAUUAAACAUGGACUGGACCAAUUUAUCUCAAUCAGUACAUCUUUGAUAGACAUGUAUUCCAAAGGCGGUGAUUUGCAGUCAGCAAACAAAUGCUUCUCUUUGAUGCAUUACAAAGAUUUGGUUGCAUGGUGUGCAAUCAUCGAGGGAUACGGAAAUCAUGGAAUGGGAGAGGCUGCUAUUAGUCUGUAUUCUGAUUUUCUCCAAACAGGGAUUAUGCCAAACCAUGUUAUAUUCCUAUCCGUGCUUUCAGCUUGCAAUCAUGCAGGACUUAUUUCUGAGGGAUUGCAAAUAUUCAGAUCAAUGCAAGAUGAUUUCAGCAUAGACCCGAGGCUUGAGCACUGGGCCUGCAUUAUUGAUUUGCUCUGCAAGGCUGGACGAGUAGAAGCCGCAGCAAGUUUCACUAGAACAAUGUUGCCGCAAGCCAAUGCUGAUGUUCUCGGUAUAGUUCUUGAUGCUUGUAGGCAGCAUGGACAUGCAAGACUUGCAGAAGAGAUUGCGCAGGAAAUCAUCGAUUUGAAGCCUCAGACAGCAGGGAGCUAUGUGCAAUUAGCUCACAGUUACGCAGCAAUGAACCGAUGGGAUGGUGUGGGAGAUACAUUGGCACAGAUGAAGACUUUAGGAUUGAAGAAGGCCCCUGGUUGGAGUUUUGUAGAGAUAAAUGGGACUAUCACCAUGUUCUUUGCUGAUCAAAGUUCUCAUGAUCAGUAUGAGGAGGUGAUACUUUUGCUGAAACUUUUGGAGAGUGAUACGAUGAUCAACAAAGCAAUGCUCCAUUCUUAGGCCAUGGUUAUAUUUAUAUCUUUGUUGAAAAAAAGAUAUUAGUGAUUUAAUAACCAAUUUUUCAAGAAAAGAAAAGCAAAGGCCAUUGUGGUGUUUGCAUAUGUACGCCUACAAAAUCAUAAAUUAAUUCAUUAUAUUAGUUUUGUGUGAAUCCAUGCUUCUAUGAUCUGAACUCAUUUAAACUUUUGUCUCAA